GCGGGAAGCGGAGGGCUCGGCCGCCGAGGUAUCUUUUCCGUCCGAGCCACCGUCGCGGGACUCCCCGGACCGUGGUUUCUGCGCAUGUCCGGGAGUGGGGGUAGGGUUCCCACUCCGGGAAGGAAGACGGAGAACAGGUUAUGUGGGAGCCGGCGGGGGCAUUUGCCCGCGACACCCUAGCGGGGACCGGAAGUGGAGCAGCUGAGAAUCGCGCCGUACGAGCUCCGGCUAGACCGUGGCGACGGCGGCAGCCCCUCUGCUGGGGGAGGACGAUGAGGAGCGACGGAGGCGGCGCGGGGGGACGCUGCUGCGCGGCGCCAGGUUUCGUGCCCGCGGCCGACUGCGCAGCCUGCCAGCAAGUCUGAGGUACUUACAGAGAGCUACAAUGGAAAAGUCCUGGAUGUUGUGGACCUUUGUUGAAAGAUGGCUAAUAGCCUUGGCUUCAUGGUCUUGGGCUCUCUGCCGUAUUUCUCUUUUACCUUUAAUAGUGACUUUUCAUCUGUAUGGAGGCAUUAUCUUACUUUUGUUAAUAUUCAUAUCAAUAGCAGGUAUUCUAUAUAAAUUCCAGGAUGUAUUGCUUUAUUUUCCAGAACAACCAUCCUCUUCACGCCUUUAUGUUCCCAUGCCCACUGGUAUUCCACAUGAAAACAUUUUCAUCAGAACCAAAGAUGGAGUACGCCUGAAUCUUAUUUUGAUACGAUACACUGGAGACAAUUCACCCUAUUCCCCAACUAUAAUUUAUUUUCAUGGGAAUGCAGGCAACAUAGGUCACAGGUUACCAAAUGCAUUGCUUAUGUUGGUUAACCUCAAAGUUAAUCUGUUGCUGGUUGAUUAUCGAGGAUAUGGAAAAAGUGAAGGAGAAGCAAGUGAAGAAGGACUCUACUUAGAUUCUGAAGCUGUGUUAGACUAUGUGAUGACUAGACCUGACCUUGAUAAAACAAAAAUUUUUCUUUUUGGCCGUUCCUUGGGAGGAGCAGUGGCUAUUCACUUGGCUUCUGAGAAUUCACAUAGGAUUUCAGCCAUUAUGGUGGAGAACACAUUUUUAAGCAUACCGCAUAUGGCCAGCACUUUAUUUUCAUUCUUUCCAAUGCGUUACCUUCCUUUAUGGUGCUACAAAAAUAAAUUUUUGUCCUACAGAAAAAUUUCUCAAUGCAGAAUGCCUUCUCUUUUCAUCUCUGGACUCUCUGACCAAUUAAUUCCACCAGUAAUGAUGAAGCAACUUUAUGAACUCUCCCCAUCUCGGACUAAGAGAUUAGCCAUUUUUCCAGAUGGGACUCACAAUGAUACAUGGCAGUGCCAAGGCUAUUUCACUGCACUUGAACAGUUCAUCAAAGAAGUAAUAAAGAGUCAUUCUCCUGAAGAAAUGGCAAAAACUUCAUCUAAUGUAACAAUUAUAUAAUGUUUCCCUUUUUGAUUAAUGCAUUCUAUUUUAAUUUGUGCAGAAUGAUAAAGAAUGUUUCUUUUAGAAGCGUGUUGUGUCUGUACUUGUCUGAAGAGUGACAUUAAACUUUGGAAGGACUUUAGUGCUCCUUUAUGAUGAUCCGAAUAGUUUUUUACAUUUGAACUAUAAUUCUUGGGAUUAUUUCAUACAUUUUCAUCAAAACUUUCAAUGUGGUUAUGUAUUCAUAUCUUUAGUUUACUUUUUCAAUAUAAUAGAGAUUAUUCAAAAGUUUCUUGUUGCUAAACUGGUAUAAUCUAUGUUACGCAGAUUAAUAGUUGGGUGUGGAGGGAGAUAUGUAAACAAGAAACAUUUGGGUAUUAUUUCUUAAGUAAAUACUGGGACAAUCAUGGUAAGCAAACUUAGUUCUGUAACUGCAUUUUUCAACUUACAGUUAAAAUGAAAUGCAUGAUGGUAUUUUAUUCCUUGAAUUAUGCAAUGCAACAUUUUAAAUGUAAAUAGCACUGGUCAUAUACUGAUGUAUAUGAUUACCUGGGUUAUAUCUAUUUUUAUGUAAACUCUUAUUUUGCUUUUGGCAAGAAGUGAAAUUGAGGCCUGUGUACAGGUUGCCAUCAAAUUUUGCUCUGGUGAAUGCUGAGAUCCAGCUUUUUCUUACAAAUAAAUUGGAUCCUGUUUCCAACGUAAAUGUACCAAGUUUUUGUUAAAUACAGUCUGGAUCAUGGCAUCUAGAAAUAGAAAUUUAAGAUUUUAUUGCAGCUUUGAUGUGCAUAUUGGAACUUUUUAACAUUUGUAAUUUUGGUGGCAAAGAGAAUUUUAGCUUCUGUCAGUUUUGUAAGUCUAGAGCUGAACCACUAAUAACAGUCAUAGUGAAGAUUAGAACUGCCUAAGAAUUAAAUUAGGAAGUCUUAUCAUUACAUGGUGUACAUACUAUUUUUAAAAAAUUGUUACAUUUGGUUUGUAAGUCCCAUCUGGUUAUAUCUAACCCACCAAAGGCAAGAUACUACUUACUGGGCUUUUUGACAAUAAAAAUUACAAAAGCAAAAAAAAUAAAAAUAAAAACCCUAUGUUUUUGGCUUAAUGUUCCAGUUGCUGUGAAAUAGAACUGCUACAUCAAAAGACAGUUUUAGGAAGUCUUAUUUACUUAUUUAAAAUUUUUUACAUGUAAGAAUGUGGGAAUGAAGGGAUUCUGGGGCUUUUUAACACAGAACCUAUUACCAUAUUUAACAGUUGAAUGGCCGUAGGUGGGAAGUAGUAUUCAGACAUAUAAAAGUAAGACAAAUCUUACUUAGAAACAAAAGGCCCAAUUGAAACGUGCAAGAUUUACCUUAGAAAUAUAAGCUAUGAGGCAUAAUUGUGCCAAGUUGUUUCAAACAGUCCUCAAAAAUUAGAUGUAAUUUAGCUCUGUAUAUUAUUAUGUCAGCUUUAACAUAUAAUAUUUUGAAUAUUUUAGCUAUCUUUAUUGGCUUUCUGCAAGCAACUAGAGAAGAGAAAUAAUGAGUCAAUAAUCUUGACCUUAAUUUAAAACUCUUUCUGUGGAGAUAGGGCUAGAAAUACUUCUGCCAAAUAGCAUUCUUACCAUUCACUUUAUGCCAGUAUUUAGAAAAAUUAAAUUACAGCAGGUAUUUCAAAAGAAUAAUGUUUUUCUAUAAAUUAUUAAUUGUAAAAAGUCUUGCUUUUUAAAAUGAGUUGGUAACGCAUAUCAUGGAAGGUGUAUUUUGUAUGUGUAAAUUCACCACAAUUAAAGGCUACUUUUCAUCUUGUCAGCCCGUGGCUAUGUAGAAUGACUAUUCUAAAUAUUAAUGUAUUAAAAAGAAAAUAUAAAAAAAUGUAUAUUUAGACAUGAGAUUACAUGGCAUACCUUAUAUUGUAUCAUUCUUUAAAGUUUACAGAGUACCUUAUUUUUUCAUGUAAUUUAGUCUUCUACUCUAUGAAGGAAUUUAUCAACUUUAAUUGUAAAUAUGCAGAUGAAGUACAAAAGCUCUUCAUCGGUAUUUUGCUUUUAUGCUGCUUUUUUUUUUUAGAUACUCCAGAUUUAUCAACAAUUUUUUUUUCUUUUAAGCCAGGACUUCAAAAGUUGUAGACUAUUUGUGUACCAUCUCCUACCUUCACUCUCUUCUUAGGGUUAAGGAGCCUUUCUUCAGCAAAGGGCAGAGGCUCUGUUUAGGGUUGUAGUACAUAUUUCUUUACAAGCUUCUGUAUUAGAGACUAUUUCCUUUAAUAGGAAGGGGGUCCAUGAAGCCCUUGGCAUCAUUUUUUAAAACAUCUCUGAAUUUGUGGCCAAAGCUCUUGGCCUUAGUAAAACAUGACUUUAAGAGUCACUUCAUUUUUAACUAAUUGCUUGUGGGAAUGGAAGUGUUUAUAUGCAUCUUGUUUAUUAAUUUUUGGUUCAUUUGUAUAAUAGCAGCUGUAGGAGUUUAUAAAUGAAUUUUAUUAAGUUAUUAAGCUACUAUAAAUUUGGAAAUCCUAGAAUGAUCUUAAAUAUGGCAAGAUCCAAUUCAUUUAGAAUAAAAUCCAAAUUCCAUUAUAUUAAAGGGACUUACUGGGGAGUAGGGGAGAACUGAUAAAUUAUAAAAAGGAUCCUAAAGAAUAGUGCAAAAUAAGAGAAGAAAUAAUUUGUGGCAGGUAAAAGAAUCCUAAUAGGAAAGAAACAACUAGAAAGGAAAGUGUGACUCAGUUCUUAAAUUUAGAUAUAGGAAUAAUUAACUGAUGAGAUUGGUGAAAAGGAAACUUAGUACAAAACAAAACAUUUGAAUGCAAAGCAUUUGUAACAACUGGGGCACCUGACAUUGCAACUACCCUAUGUUUUUGCAAAUACAUUUUUGACUGUAAAAUUGAUGUUUUCAUAAAAAUGGCAUUCUGAAUUUUGUUACAGGGCAGCUUAAAUUUAUGAUGAAUUAUAUGCACUUGAUUUACACAAAUUGCAGCUUCAGAAAUAUAUCACUGGAGUAAUAAUAUUGUAAUACUUGUUGAGAAUUCAUGCCGUCUAAUGCUCAGAUAUUCAGUUCUUAUGUUUGUCAGAUUCAGCUUGAAGAGAAUAGGUUUGGGGAAAUUAAAGGCCAUAUUCAAUUUUAUAUAAAUUAUCUUGCAAGUUCAGACAUCUUAAGAGUAGUUUAUAUUGUGGAGACCCUUCCCUCAUGAGGAUAGGGGUAAAUGAGGUAGACUUUUAAAAAGGAUGUCAGAGAAGUCACUUUUUUAUUUAGGUGUCAUGAUUGAGAUAUGAUAUUUCCAUUCUCCCUUUUUCCUAUUAUGUUUGAAAAUUAUAUUUUUAAAAACUGUGAAAGGAGAAAUUUGUCAUAAAUAACCCUUUUGGAUUACCCACUUAAAUUUAUGUACUCGUGUAUUACUCAGGUAAAGAUGGAAAUGACAGAGCACAGACAUCUAUUUUUUAAAUUGAUAGAGUAGAAAAUGAAAUGCACUUCUGUUUAUUAUUACCAUAUAUGCACAUCAUCUUAGCUUAUCAGAAAGAAUACAUUCAUUUGUAUCGUGAAAUAAAUGCAGUCAUCCUAAUACUAGUCAACACAUUUUUGCCAAAUGGCACAAAUAUACCUCCAUUUAUAUUUUGUAUCUUUAAAAUGUAGUUUAAAAGUAGGACUAUGUAUGAGACACUUUUUUACUAAAAGUGCCAUAUAUAUGUAACAGGUGAGUUGUGUGUUUAACAUAAUUUAUAACAAUUUCUGUCAGUACAGCAUAUACGGAAAAUUUAAGUUGUUUUCAACAUAUUCAAGUAUGUUCCAAAUAAAAUAAGUUAAUCCAGUUUCAUAAUGUAAAUCAUAUUUUUGUUAUUUGCCAUAUUUUAUUUGAAGCAGUAAUAAAAUUUUAUAAUGCAAAUUUGAAUGUUCUAGUACAUUGUGUGCUAACUAUGGCAAGCAAACAUUUACAUUUGGUUUUUUUACAAUAAAUUUCUUUUAAAAUAUACUUUCUAUUUUUCUGUACUGACAUGCAAUAAAUUGGUACAUUAAAAGUUUGAUUAAUGUC